AUGGCUACGCUAACCUUUGAAGAGGCAUUCCGAGUAGUUCAAGUAGAUGAGAGCCACUAUGUUGGUGUGCAUCCGUUAAAACUCCCAUUGACCGGAGCUAGAGGAGUAUAUGGAGGGCAUGUUUGUGCACAGACUCUUUUGGUGGCCUUGGAAUCAGCACCAGGAUGGGUCUUACAUUCAUUACACUCACAUUUUCUUGGACCUGCCAAUGAAAAAAUUGUAUGUCAAUAUGAGGUGACUGAACUUCAAAGAGGGAAAAAUUCAUUACGACUGAUCAUUAAAGUAACUCAAACCACCAGAGAUGGAACGCAAAAGGCAGUAUAUACUUGUAUGGUUUCAUUUGUUAAGAAGGGGAUUAACGUACAAGCCAUCGAUGGUCAAAGAGAUCCACCCAAUGACAUCCACUACAAGUACCCCGAUCCUGAUAAACUCACGGUGAUCCAUCAUACGGAUUUUGUUAAAAAUGCAUAUGGAGAAGAACUUGUAGAUUACCGCAAUUGUCCCGAGGAAUCCCUCCAAACUCCAUCUGAACGAUGGAUAACAUUGUUCAGUGGGAUUGAUCAACCGGAGUCAUUUCUGGACCCAAAAUUCAACUAUGUUGGCCUUGGAUGUAUUUCAGAUUCGGCAUUAUUGACCACCCUUGCAAGGGUGUUGCACUUACCAUGGAACCCUACUGAAAUGUUUGAAGAGGAAGAAUUUGACGAGGGGAAAGAUGCAAAGACAUUGAUGGGUACUUCAAUGAAUAUCAUUCACUUAUUCCAUUAUCAUGCCAUGUCUUUGGACCAUCAUAUCUAUUUUCAUUGUGAUAAGGAAGAAGAUUCCUUUGAUGUGGUCAAGCAAUGGUUAACGUUUUCAUAUCAGAUGAAGACACUUCGAAACGGGAGGACAUUAGUUCGUGGACAUUUCUACAAUCCCAAUGGUACAUGUGUAGCCACAAUUGUGCAAGAGGGUAUUACCUUGAUCCAUCCAGAUGUUGCAGAAAAGUUAUAA